UCAGAAAAUUUCCAUUUACUCCGGCGAUUCUCUUCUCAUUAGAUCCUCUCUCUCUCUCUCUCAAAAAGAGAAAAUCUCAGAGCCAGAAGAAGACAAAUAUAUCUUUUUUAUUCCUCAGAUCUUCUUCUUCUUCUAAUUCUCUGAAAUCGAAGUUUCUCAAAGUGUUUUGUUUUUCCGAUGAGGUGUAAGAGACAUACAGUAGAUUUCAGUAGCAGUAUCGGCGUUUGUGCUUCUUGUCUCCGUGAACGACUCUCUUCUCUCGCCGUUUCAACCGCCGCGUCUGAAAACGACGAUAACGAUCAUCGUCAUUCUCGGAUUUCUCCACCUCCUCUGCUUUUUCCUCGUUCUGUUUCUCCUUACGUUGCUCCGAGAAAAUCCGACGCCGGAACCGGAGGAGGAGGAGAUUCUGUAGCUUCUUCUAAUAACCGAUUCUUCGCGACACCGCAAGUGGUUGAUCAUUCAUACGGCGGAGGAGGAGGAGGAGGAAGAGGAUCAUCGUCAUCGGAAAAAGUCUUCGAAUCAGACAGAUCGUUUAAGAAGAAAAAAAGCGGUUUAUCUAGAUUCUCAAGCUUCUUCAGAACGAGAUCUGACGAUUACGAUUCGCGUCGCGAUUCAUGCGACGCGUCCACGUUUUCUCAAUCGUCUUCGUCGACGACUUCACGGUCAUGGUUUUCGAAAGUUCUCACAGUUCGAUCGAAGAAACAAUCAACCACCACUACUUGCUACAUCGAGGAUUUGAUUGCCUCUGAAUCCAAUCAUCAUCAAAAUCGACCUAGACAGAGAUAUUGUAGAGGAAUGUCGCCGGCGGGAGAUUCAGCGGCGAACGAUGAAUCAGUUGAGGAAUCUCCAGGGAGAUUGAGAAGAACGCCGGCGAUAGGAACUCCGGGAAGGAAAAAGACGACGACGAUUGGGAUUGGUAGAAGUGUAUCUGGGAUGGCUUUUUGCUUAAGUCCAUUAGUGAGAGCUAAACCUAACUGUUCUUCUAACUGGAAAGCGAAAUUUCCGCCGGAUUUUGGAUAUUCCGGUGAAUUGAAGUCUCCGGCGAAGCCUCACCUUUCAACGGCGGCGUCUUUUUGCGGUAACCGGUCUAAGAAGCUUGUGGAUUUAGGUAGAGUUGAUCACCGCCGUUGAUUUUUUUUGUUGGGGUCAAAAUCUGACCGUUCUUUGCGAAAUUACCUAAAAUACCCUUCACAGGAUUUGAUAUGGAAGUUAUUAUAUAUGGUGGUGGCUUUACUAUACCAACAGAUAAAGAGUGAAUUUACUUCUUUUUUUAGUUAUUUAUAUUAUAAUGUUUUGUGAUUGUAUAUUAAAGGAAGAAAUAUUCGUUUUUAUAUUUAGGAGAUUAGAAGAACAAUGUCGUGUGUUUCUUUUUCUUUGGAUAGUCUCUCUUUUUUUCUUAUGAAUUUUUGGGUGUACACAUCAAAAAUGACAGAUAAUAGAAGUAAACCUA